CGCUUCGUCGGUGCCCCUUUCACCUGGUGCCACGAGGUUCGAAUGUGGGGAGCAGCCGUGCCAGCUGCCCCAUCGCCGUUACCGCGACUAGACCAAAUCCGUCCAAACGAUUCAAAUUUGAGUCAAAAAACCUAAAUAAAAAAAAAAACCUACUCCUAGGCAUAGAAUAUCGUCGAUGAAAGAUGGUUUUUUUUUCGCCCAUCCGCCGUGCCGAGGUAAAAUCUGGCGCGUUUAAUCCGAAAGCGAACCCAGUUUUCGAUUCUAUUUUUAGCGGUAUCGCCGGCGAUCCGUUUCCCGAUGUACGGUGUAUCAGAAGAGCGCGAGCGACGCAACCCCGUGAUAACGAAGAUGCAGCUGGUUAUCUCGUACAGAGGACGGUAAUCCGUUGCCGGCGUCGCGACGCUCCGAAAGGUGAAAGAAGCGCAGGCGUCGCUCACCUAGUAUCGCGUACAGAGCUAGUCGUCGACAUGCGCAUCGUGAUCAUCAUCUACGCCAACACGUCGAUAUUAUUUUUGCUUGUGACCAUCAUCAAUACGUGUGUAUACGUACGUUACACGUGCAGGGGAAUAAGCUCCGGCUUUCCGACAACCCGAUGCAGGGUAUACCCGCCUGUCCAACAUGGCGCAGGUCGCUGUGCCGAUGCGGGUACGUCGAUACCGCAUCGAACGUCCGAAUAACUCGUGAAAUAUUAUCGUUUUAUCGUUAGUAUUCCGAUAGAGAAAAAUAAAUAAAUAACAAGAACAUGUUCAAAGGAGUGUGGAUCGGUGAUAGAGGAAAUUUUACCGCAGAGACGAUUAUUGGGGAUAAACUCAGGCUCUGUUGCUCACCCGAAUCUUUGGUACGAGAGUCGGGGUGAUACGAAUAAAUCGGCCAUGGCCGAUGAGGGAGUCGAGGUCCGCGAAUGCCUGAGCAGCUGGCUGGCCUACCUCCAGACGUUGAACGGUCUGUGCACCGCGGGUACGAAACUCGCGCAAUCUCUCCAGGCUCUGUUGUCCACCCACGAGGGAGAGGACGCUCCGGCGGCGCGAUGCCGUUUGACGGGACAGUGUCUCGCGGGUUGGGAAGAACUUACCAGGGCAACGAACGUCGCUAGCAAUACCGUAAAAAGUCACGUGAGCCACGUUAUGGCAUCUCUCACGGAGACUCAGGGUGCGGGAACGGCCGAUUCGCAGGAUAUUUUGUGCGACAAUCUUCUGACCUUCAUCAAUCUACAGUAUCAGUUCUGUCUCGCUUGCUGCGAGUGUCUCGGUGGAAUGGCGGAGUGUUCUUGUUCUCGUAACGGGAGGUCGGAAUGCGACGUCGCGGCUUUGCAACGAUGUUUCGAGAGACUGUACAGUCCGUCGAGCGGCUCUUCCUCGGGAGGUCAACAGCACCUCCAGGGUCAAAGGUCGCGGCUCCCUUACCCCCUCUUUCCGCUGCAAGUACAGAGAAGGUGGUCCGAGACGGCGGCCGCCGAAGUUUCCGGUACCGCGGUUGAAAAUGCAACCAGACGCUGGUCCAUGCCGUGGGACUGUCGACACGUUUCCGACUUUCUCGAAACCCCGCCGACCACUCAUCACGAUCAUAUCAGGGGUAAACUCAAAGUACCGAUACCGCAGGAGAGGGGGAGACCCGUAACCCCCGAUAAUUCAUCAUGGAAAUCCUCGACGAUGGCCAGUCAGGACGGACUCAGGGAAGCCAUUCAACUGCUCUCUUGUAGACCGGGGAUCAGACCCUCGACGCAGCUUUAUCACCCCAGUCAGCACAUUCCAGGGGUCACUCUGACCACGUGUAGCUUCGAUAGAAACAGCGACGGUUCCGGCACCGCCUGGCCCGAUACCCGAUCCAGUUCCAGAUGCUGGCCCAGAGACGUUAACGAUCAUUCCGACCACUCGGCCUCGGAGCAAAGCGGUACCAGCGGUAGCGGUCACAGAGACAGUAAAGAUAGCAUACAAUCGCAGAGUGACCACAGCGGAAUCGGUCACCGAGAAUCGGAUGCGGGUAUCGGGGAGAUUUUGGGAUCGAGAAAGAGCAGUUCUUCGAACGAUUCGUGCGUGUCUGCUCAAAGUCGUUCGGGUUCGGAAGGCGCGGUCAUCGGAGGGGAAUCUGCGCGGUCUCAGCUCUACUCGAUGUGGAGCGGGGGCGACUUGCCGUUCAUAAAGCUGCCGGACGCUAGCAGCGAACAAUCCGACAAAGACGCCUCCACUUGAUUAAUGAUUUUCUCCAUUUUUAAUAAUCGUUUUUUUUUUUUUUCGAUACUCAAGAUUUUUAAUACGCGAGGUAAAACCCGAUAGUUCUCUCGUUGUCCUUCGCCGGUUAAAGGAAUUGCAACGUCCAUCGAGACGCGUCGAAUUGAUAUUGAAAUUUGGAUUCCUCGUUCCUCGUAUUCGAAUUAGAUGAUUCCUACUUUGUACCUUGCGAUGUAUAUGCUCCUCGUCUAGUUAAUUAAUGAGUGAAUACUGUCCAGCUGAUUUUAUUAGAUGUUUUAUAUCGUGGACGAGCUGUUUGACACGUGAGUCUGAAUUUUUAAUAUAAUCAAAUCCCCUUGUGAGAGCUGCAGUUUAAAAAAAUUCUCUACGCGUUAUUAUAGGGUAUUCAAAAUACCGUUACAAUCCCCCGGUGUACGUGUAUAGGUGUGCGUGUUGAUGGAUGUACCAUAUAUAUUUAAAAAUUUGUUGGUUUUUUUUUCGUUCUUCUAAAAUUGAGAUAAAGGGUUUUCAUUUUUUAUAUUGUAACCAUAUCGAAUUUUUACCACAAAAAGGCUAGAUAUUGUUAAUAAAA